CACAUGGUGCAGGAUCUUUCCACCCCUACACUCCAAAAACCCAAUCAGACAAGUGGCCGUAAUCUGACUCCCACUGCACUGGGAGCUGCCCGGCAGGCAAUGAGAGCUGCAGUCUGGCUGGGGAAGGCAUGAGUGAUAGACCCGCAGCAAGGCGGUGGGGUAAGUGUGGACCUUUGUGUAGAAGAGAGAACAUCAUGGUGGCAUUCAAAGGGGUCUGGACUCAAGCUUUCUGGAAAGCAGUCACCGCGGAAUUUCUGGCCAUGCUUAUUUUUGUCCUCCUCAGCCUGGGAUCCACCAUCAACUGGGGUGGGACGGAAAAGCCCUUACCUGUCGACAUGGUUCUCAUCUCCCUGUGCUUUGGACUGAGCAUCGCAACCAUGGUACAGUGCUUCGGCCACAUCAGCGGCGGCCACAUCAACCCCGCGGUGACCGUCGCCAUGCUGUGCACCAGGAAGAUCAGCAUCGCCAAGUCUGUCUUCUACAUCGCAGCCCAGUGCCUGGGGGCCAUCAUUGGAGCAGGAAUUCUCUACCUGGUCACACCUCCCAGUGUGGUGGGAGGCUUGGGAGUCACCAUGGUUCACGGAAAUCUUACCGCUGGUCACGGUCUCCUGGUAGAGUUGAUAAUCACAUUUCAGCUAGUGUUUACUAUUUUUGCCAGCUGUGAUUCCAAACGGACCGAUGUCACUGGUUCAAUAGCUCUAGCAAUUGGAUUUUCUGUUGCAAUUGGACAUUUAUUUGCAAUCAAUUAUACUGGUGCCAGCAUGAAUCCCGCCCGAUCCUUUGGACCUGCAGUUAUCAUGGGAAAUUGGGAAAACCACUGGAUAUAUUGGGUUGGACCAAUCAUAGGAGCUGUCCUCGCUGGGGGCCUCUAUGAGUAUGUCUUCUGUCCAGAUGUUGAACUCAAACGUCGUUUCAAAGAAGCCUUCAGCAAAGCUUCCCAGCAAACGAAAGGGAGCUACAUGGAGGUGGAGGACAACAGGAGUCAGGUAGAGACGGAAGACUUGAUUCUAAAACCUGGAGUGGUGCACGUAAUUGACAUCGACCGGGCAGAGGAGAAGAAGGGGAAAGACCAGUCAGGAGAGGUGUUGUCUUCGGUAUGACUAGAAGACAGCACUGAAAGCAGACGAGACCCCUUAGAACUGUCCUCAGAUUUCCUUCCACCCAUUAAGGAAACAGAUUUAUUAUAAAUUAGACAUGUCCAGGUUUGUUAUUUCAUGUCAUAUUACUCAGUCUAAACAGUAAAUAUUUCAUUAUUUACCAAG